AUGGCCGCUGUAGCGCUGGUGCAGGGGGCUAGCCGGGGGCUCGGGCUGGAGUUCUGCAGGCACCUCAUGCAGCACAGAGCUCCUGCCGCGGUGAUCGCCACCUGCAGAGACCCGGACACAGCUCCAGCCCUAGCCGCGCUUUCCGGCGAGUACCCAGACCGGCUGGCGGUGAUGAGAGUGGACAUAACCCGGGAGGAGCAGGUCCGGAGCGCCGCUGAGCGGCUCAGCUCCACCUUCCCCAAACUAGACCUGCUGAUCAACUGCGCGGCGGUUCUUCACCCGUCCGGCAGAGGAGAGACCAGUCUACGAGACGUGUCUGCUCAGGGGAUCACUGCCACAUUAGCCACCAACACGGUGGGCCCACUGUUGAUGGCAAAGUACUUUUCCCCUUUACUGAAGAAGGGAACUGGAGCAUUCGGUCAGCAGCCUGAAGAUAAAGCAAAGCAACACAGCGGCGUCUUGGUGAACAUGAGCGCCAGGGUUGGCUCAAUAGGAGACAAUGCUCUAGGAGGCUGGUACAGUUACAGGAUGUCCAAAGCUGCUCUGAACAUGGCCACCAGGAAUCUGUCCAUAGAACUGGGCCGCAGUCAGCCCAAAAUAGUAUGUGUGUCUCUGCACCCUGGAACAGUGAAUACGGACCUCUCUCGCCCCUACCACAAGAAUGUCCCCCAACACAAGCUGUUCAGCACACAGUAUUCUGUGCAGUGCCUCAUGGACAUCAUAGACAGCCUCAGUAUGGAUAAAAGCGGGAAGGCGUAUGCCUGGGACGGCUCAGAGAUUCCCUGGUAAAAGGGAAUAGGAAGUUCUAGGUCAUGAUCUGGUGCUUACUCCAACAAAUUGUGAAAGUUCGCACGGCACAGAUGUAAAUGAUUUGGAAACACUUAGGAAAGAAAAAAAUUAAAGGUCUGAUUCCAUAGUUUCUUCAUUCAUUUUAAUAUUGUGGUCUUUAGUAUGAAUGAAUGCCUUGUGAGCUGUUUUUUGUGAUCUGGUGAUCGGGUAUAACGUUGUUUUAUUCUGGUGGAGGAGUGGUGGGGGGAGAAACGAUAAGAUUUCGGCUCUUGCUAAUGAAUAUUUAUACAUGCAGACAUAUUGUUUUACACUGAUAACAGUCUGGCAAUGUCAUAUGUUACUUUUCAACAUGUGUGAUACCCUGUUAGGUGCAGUUCAGCCACUGACCUUGUCUUAGAGUCUCUGUAAAACGCAAAAUCCACAGGAGAUGAUAUGUAAACCUAUGUAAACACGGCCAAAAGAAAAAGUCGCCAACUGAAUUUAAAGUAAAUGAUGUGGGGUUGCUGCAGUUGGUCAGGUCUAGGUUCAGCAACAGUAUGUGCUGAAAGAAAGAGGUCAGCUGACUACCUGAAUAUACUGACUAUAGACCAGGUUAUUCCAUCAGUGGAUUUUUUUUUUCUUCUCUGAUGACACGGACAUAUUCCAAGAGGACAAUGCCAGGAUUCAUGGGGCUGGGAGCUCGUCGUUUUCACACAUGGAUUGGCCACCACAGAGUCCACACCUUAACCCCAUUGAGAUUCUUCUACUCUUAUCAAUGCAAGAUCUUGGUGAAAAAUUAAUGCAACACUGAAUUGAAAUAAAAUCGUGUGACCUUGCAGAAGCUUAUUGAAACAGUGCCACAGAUUUUGAGCCCCUGAAAUUAGGAGGAUGUGAAGAAAAUGGUUGCAAUUCCUAAACGUAUAUUUUUGUUCAACCCCUUGAAUUAAAGCUAAAAGUCUACAGAU